AUGGUGAAACUGCGCACUAAGUUGAGUUUUAGAGAAUCUGUUAGUUUCUUUUCUUGUUUUGCAUGCGAAUCUUAUGUAGGAUUAGAGUAUGGGAGGAAUACUCAAGUCUCAUAUUACCCCUAUAUCUCCUGCAUUUCUUCUCGUGAAGAUGAUAAUGCUGGCAAAAGAUUGAAUUCAGAGAUGGAGAAAAGCAAAGUUCAUGUAGUGGUUCUUGCAUAUCAUGGACAAGGCCACAUAAACCCCAUGGUUCAAUUUUCCAAAAGAUUGGCUGCUAAAGGAAUCCAUGUUACAGUAGCUACCACUUUGAGUAAUACCAAGGCUAUGCAAUCCGCAUCGAGCUCGAUCGUGUUCGAAUCGAUAUAUGAUGAUUGCACUGAAGGAGGGGUGGCGGGACCGGGAGGAUUUAGAGGAUUUCUCGAUAGAUUCGAAGCCAGUGGCACAAGAAAUUUGACUCGAUUCAUCAUAAACUCUGAAAAACCCGUGAAAUGUCUCGUUUAUGAUGCCAACAUAACGUGGGCUUCGAGUGUGGCAAGCCAUAUGGGAGUUGAUCGGGCUGCCUUUUUUACUCAAUCGUGUGCUGCGAUUGCUAGUUACUAUCCGAUGCACUGCGAGUUAUUGGAAGUGACUCCAUCAGUUCCUGCUUUCUCCCUGCCUGGAUUACCUGAGAUUGGACUUCCGAAUCUACCUUCACUAGGUCUUGAUACCGGACGAUAUCCUCCAAUAAUCCGGUACUUGUUACAACAAUUCGGCAAUAGUGAAAAUGCAGAUUGGGUUCUUUUCAACUCCUUCGAUAAGUUGGAAGAGGAUGUUGUCAGUUGGAUGUCAAAACUCUGGCCUGUGAGAACCAUUGGACCGACUUUGCCUUCUAUUUAUCUAGACAACCGGGUGGAAGGCGACGAUGACUAUGGUUUCAACAUACAUAAGCCAAACACGGACGCCUGCAUGAAAUGGCUCGACUCUAAGGAAACCAGAUCAGUCCUCUAUGUCUCGUUUGGGAGCAAUGCAAAUUUGAAUACAGAGCAAUCAGUAGAAUUAGCCGCUGCCCUUAAGCAGAGUAACAACAACUUCUUGUGGGUAGUGAAGCCAUCUGAAGAAAGUAAACUUCCGACUAAUUUUUACGACGAAAACUCCGGUAAAGGAUUGGUAGUGAAAUGGUGCCCUCAAUUGGCAGUUCUAGCACAUCAUGCAGUUGGAUGUUUCAUAUCGCACUGCGGUUGGAAUUCGACUAUGGAGGCAAUAAGCCUUGGGGUGCCUAUGGUGGCAAUGCCUCAGUUUCUUGACCAGAUGACAAAUGCACAUUUUGUAGAGUAUGUUUGGCGGGUUGGAACGAUCCCUAAGGCAGACGAGAAGGGUGUUACACGAAGAAACGAAAUAAAGAGAUGCAUCGAUGAAAUUAUGCAAGGAGAAAGAGGACAAGAGAUUAGAAAGAAUGCAAUUCGUUGGAAGGUGCUGGCUAAGGAGGCUAUAGAUGGAGGAGGAAGUUCUGAUAGCUACAUAGAUGAAAUUAUUUCUCAUCUUAUGGUAGCAUAA